AUGUCGUUGAAACUUCCAUCAGCACCAAAUUCAUUCUUGUUUAAACAGGGCUACCAGCUUCAUUCUAAUACUGACGGUGCAAUCAAUAGGAAUAUUCAGGCAUGCAGAGAGAUUAGUAACAUGAUCUCCACGUCCAUUGGACCAUGUGGCAACAAUAAAAUAAUUGUUAACCAGUUGGGAAAAACAUUUAUAACUAAUGAUGCUGCUACAAUGAUAAAGGAGCUAGAUGUCAUUCAUCCUGCAGUUAAAGUUCUAGUCAUGUACUCUACGCAGCAGGAAAAUGAGAUGGGUGAUAACACAAACUAUGUCUUGGUGUUUGCAGGGGAGCUUCUUCAUUUGGCAGAAAAGCUUGUUGUUUUGGGAUUAACUCCUGCUGAAAUCACUCAGGGUUACAAGAUGGCUAGCAAGUUUGUUACACAAGAAUUGGAUAACUUGGUUAUUGAUAAAGUUACUGAUUACUACGAUAAAGACGAGCUCUUGAAAAUAAUAACGCCGGUUGUUGCAUCCAAACAGUAUGGAUGGGAGGAUACAAUCAGCUCCUUAAUUGCGGAUGCUGUCAUUUACGUGCUUCCAAAAUCGAAUGCAAACCUAUUCAACGUGGACUCUGUGCGCGUUGUUAAGAUCAUGGGUGCUUCAUUGGCAAGUUCUUGUGUUAUCAAUGGUAUGGUUUUCCCAAGAGAACCGGAGUCACGGCUUAAAAAGCUUGAUAGACCGGGAAAGGUGGUUGUGUUUAAUUGUCCCGUCGAUAUUUCUUCCUCUGAGACCAAGGGAACGGUUCUAUUGCACAACGCUAAAGAGUUGCUUCAGUUCGGUAAAGGUGAGGAGGAGCAGUUAGAGAAGUCUAUCAAAGAAAUUCACGAUUCCGGGGUUCGUGUCGUUGUGGCAGGACAAGGUGUUGGGGAAUUGGCUCUUCAUUAUUUGGAUAGAUUUGGAAUACUAGUGUUGAAGGUUCCAUCGAAGUUUGAUCUAAGAAGAAUAACGCGUGUGUGCGGCGCCACUCCGUUGGUUCGUUUUGGUGCGCCUAUGCCGGAAGAGAUGGGAACAAUAGAUGUGGUGGAGACCAAAGAAAUUGGCGCAGAUAAAGUUACAAUCUUCAAGCAGAACAAUGAGAGUAGGUCUUUGACUUCAACCAUUGUUAUCAGAGGUGCUACCAAGAGUAAGUUGAAUGAUGUGGAAAGAGCCAUUGAUGAUGGCGUGGCUGCAAUCAAGGCUAUUUUGAAGGAUCCUCGGUUGGUUCCUGGUGCUGGAUCUACAGAGGCUGAAUUGGUUAAGAGAGUUACUGCUUAUGGUGAGAAAACUCCCGGUUUACUGCAGUUGGGUAUCAAAAAGUUUGCAGAGGCCUUUGAAUUCUUACCUAGAAUCUUAUGCGAGACAUCAGGAUUGGACGCAUCUGCUGUGCUUCCUAGAUUAUAUGCUUCCCACGUGGAAAGUGAUCCGGAAUCCCUUAAAUUUGGCAUUGACAUCGAGGCCAGUACAGCUAGCGAAGCAUUAUUGGAUGUCAAACAGGAAAAGAUAUUUGACUCACUAGUGUCAAAGAAGAAUGCCAUCGCUUUAGCAACGGAUGCUGUUUGCACCGUGUUGGGAGUUGAUCAGAUUAUUGUUGCAAAGAGAGCUGGAGGUCCUCAGGUUCCUAAACAACCCAGACCCGGUAACUGGGAUGUUCCUGAUUGA